GAUCUCCAGCGUCAGAUCAAGCCCAUUGAAAACACGAGCUUCACUACAACUGCAACAGAUGAAGAGACCUGCUUCAGUCAGGAAUUGAAGGAAAAUGGAUGAUUUAUGAUAUGGCUUCCAGGGAGUUAAAAUGUGUAGUAAAGGGAGAAACAAACUAUUGACUUCUUCAGCAAUCUCAGCAAAAUGAAGAGACCGUUCUCUGCUGCUGUUUUCCUUUAGAGAAUCCCCUGAACAGGCAGUGGGAGAGCACAGUUUCUCCUUGGCUCGCAGUGAACACAACUCAGACUAUUAUUUUGGACGCCACUACUCGUCCUGAUGGGCUGCCUCAACCUCACCAGCAGAAACGAGACUUUGCCUGGCAAGCAGCCCUUCUCUGUGCAGACCUCAGUGAUGCUCACCACCCUGGUGGGGAUGCUCAUUUUACUAACCGUGUUUGGCAACGUCAUGGUAGUGAUCGCUGUGAUGACGAGCCGGGUCCUGAAGGCACCCCAGAACUUGUUUUUGGUCUCUCUGGCGUGCGCAGACAUUCUGGUUUCCACCUUAGUGAUGCCCUUUUCGUUAGCAAACGAACUCAUGGGUUACUGGUACUUUGGCACGGCGUGGUGUCAAAUCCAUCUGGCUUUGGAUGUUCUCUUUUGCACUUCAUCCAUCGUUCACCUGUGCGCCAUAAGCCUGGACAGGUACUGGUCUGUCACUAAAGCCAUCGAGUACAACCUGAAACGGACGCCCCGCAGGAUUAAAUGCACGAUCUGCUUGGUUUGGGCGCUUGCAGCCUUGAUUUCAUUCCCCCCACUCAUCACAAUGACAAAGAAGGAGGGAGGAAAGGACAACCCUGCGUGCAAGAUCAAUGAGGUGAAAUGGUAUAUCAUAUUCUCGAGCAUUGCAUCCUUCUUUGCACCCUGUGUCAUCAUGAUUAUGGUGUAUGUCCGGAUCUACCAGGUUGCCAAGAAAAGAACCAGAGCCUCACCAGGAGAGCGGCAAAGAGAGAACGGCAACUUAGAGAACACCCAAUUUGACUUGGACCCCGGAGAAAAGCAAGAAAAAGAAAUGGAUGAGCUGAAAGACGGGGAAGAGGUCUACGGGCUGGACGUGGAGGAAGAGCCGUCCUCCUCUGAUGGGAAUGAAAACCUCCUGUGUUCCCUGAUGAAAAAGAGGAGCGGGAGAACACCCAAAGCGACUCAGGUGAAAUCUAAAGAAACUUGUACAAAGGCAGAGGAUCUGUCCUCGGCGAGGGCGAGUAAGUGGAAGGGAAGGCAGUACAGGGAGAGGCGCUUCACCUUCGUCCUGGCCGUGGUCGUGGGAGUGUUUGUUCUUUGCUGGUUCCCCUUUUUUUUCACCUACACGCUUGCAGCAGUUUGUGACACGUGCUGCAUCCCAGAGACGCUGUUCAAGACCUUCUUCUGGUUCGGCUACUGCAACAGCUCACUAAAUCCGGUGAUAUACACCAUAUUCAAUAAAGACUUCAGAAAAUCAUUCAAAAAAAUCCUUUGCAAAAGAAACACAGGAGGUUUGUAAUUUAAAAAACGUGCAUUGUGCUUGUUUUGCAAUCUGUAUUACAAUGUUGCAGCAUGCUAGUUUAGAGUUUUGAUAUUGUAUAACUGUGACAUUGUGGGUGGCUAUUUAUGAAAAAUGUUACACAUUAAAUGUUCAUGUUUAUCAUAAUUAUAAUAUUGUCUUGAAGAUUACAAGUUUAAAACGACACAGAUGCAUCAAAACAUGACUAAUAUCUGCAUGCGGCAAUGGUAUAAAUCUCCUAAAAUUUCAAAGUUUGUAAAUAAACCUAACUUGGCACAUUAUUUAUUUCUGACAACUGUAUAAUAUCCCCACAGUGGUAGUGAUUCAGUAAGGGGAAUUAAAUGGUAGAAAGAUGCAUAACAGACCUGUGACACUUACAUAAAUCACCUCAUCAGAGCUGGCCCAAGACUAUAAGGGGCCCUAAUCAUUUUAAUUUGGAGCUUCAUUUUCAUUCAAGGGCUGCACAGUGGCGCAGUUGGUAGAACUGUUGCC